UGUAUGUAGCUGAAGGUAGUAGCGCUGCUCGGGCGGAGACGCUGCUGCUGUUGCUAGACGACGCGAGUCAGCUUUCGUCACUUCCUCAGCCUGCAGGCCGCCCAUCCCCAGGCCGGAACCCAGGGACCCGGAGCCAGAGGGUGGGCAGAACAGACGUCCUCUGAGGUCUGGGCAGCUGGAGUCGAGACCACGCCGACUGCGGAGAGGAAGCAGAGCCGGGGUGGGGAGAUGGCUGCAGACAAGCCCGCAGAUCAGGGAGCAGAGAAACAUGAAGGGACAGGUCAGUCUUCUGGGAUCACUGAUCAAGAAAAGGAGUUGUCCACCAGUGCUUGCCAAGCUUUCACGGCUGGAAAUUAUGAUGCUUGUCUACAACAUCUUGCCUGCCUACAAGAUAUAAACAAAGAUGAUUAUAAAAUAAUUUUGAAUACAGCAGUAGCUGAAUUUUUUAAAAGUAACCAAACAACAACUGAUAAUUUGAGACAAACACUUACUCAACUGAAGAAUCAGGUCCACUCUGCUGUUGAAGAAAUGGAUGGAUUAGAUGACGUUGAAAACAGCAUGUUGUACUACAAUCAGGCAGUCAUUCUUUAUCAUCUGCGCCAGUAUACAGAAGCAAUAUCAGUUGGUGAAAAACUCUAUCAGUUCAUAGAACCUUUUGAAGAAAAAUUUGCCCAGGCAGUUUGUUUUUUGCUUGUGGACCUGUAUAUAUUAACUUACCAAGCUGAGAAAGCUUUGCACCUUCUUGCUGUUCUAGAAAAAAUGAUUUCACAGGGUAACAAUAAUAAAAAUGGGAAGAAUGAGACUGGUAAUAACACCAACAAAGAUGGAUCUAAUCAUAAAGCUGAAAGUGGAGCUCUAAUAGAAGCUGCAAAAUCAAAGAUACAUCAGUAUAAAGUAAGAGCUUACAUCCAAAUGAAAUCUUUGAAAGCAUGCAAAAGAGAAAUCAAGUCAGUUAUGAACACAACUGGAAAUUCUGCACCCUCUCUGUUUCUUAAAAGCAAUUUUGAAUACUUAAGAGGCAAUUAUCGAAAAGCUGUGAAACUGUUAAAUAGUUCCAACAUUGCUGAGCAUCCAGGAUUCAUGAAAACAGGUGAAUGCUUGCGAUGCAUGUUUUGGAAUAAUCUUGGUUGCAUCCAUUUUGCCAUGAGCAAGCAUAAUUUGGGAAUUUUCUACUUUAAAAAGGCUCUUCAGGAGAAUGACAAUGUCUGUGCACAACUCAGUGCAGGCAGCACUGACCCAGGCAAAAAAUUUUCAGGAAGACCCAUGUGUACAUUACUCAUCAACAAAAGGUAUGAGUUGCUGUAUAACUGUGGAAUUCAGCUUCUUCACAUCGGAAGGCCUCUAGCUGCCUUUGAGUGUCUGAUUGAAGCUGUUCAGGUUUAUCACGCAAAUCCCCGCCUCUGGCUACGGCUUGCUGAGUGCUGCAUUGCUGCCAAUAAAGGGACUUCUGAACAAGAAACUAAAGGUCUUCCAAGUAAGAAAGGAAUUGUACAGUCUAUUGUUGGUCAAGGUUAUCAUCGUAAAAUAGUGCUGGCAUCACAAUCCAUACAGAAUACUGUAUAUAAUGAUGGGCAGUCUUCAGCCAUUCCUGUGGCCAGUAUGGAGUUUGCAGCCAUUUGUCUCAGAAACGCCCUGUUGUUGUUACCAGAAGAACAGCAAGAUCCAAAGCAGGAAAAUGGAUCUAAAAGUAGUAGUCAGCUCAGCGGGAACAGUGAAAACAGUGAAAGCAGUGAAACUUGCAGCAGUAAAAGCCAUGAUGGAGAUAAAUUCAUUCCAGCUCCACCUUCUUCCCCAUUGAGAAAGCAGGAAUUAGAAAACUUAAAGUGAGUAUGUAAACAGAACUAC